AGAUGAUGUAUUGACGUCAACGCUUGUUAAUACAGCGAACGUUAAGGUGGACUCAGACUCUUUUACGAUUGGUUACAACCUCGAUGACGUCGUAUGAUCUGGAAGCCCCGCACAGUCCGUCGGAAAGGACAAGGUCCGGAGCAGGCUGUGACCUUGCAGUUCAAGCGCAGACACAAGCGACAGGCGCACCAAACAGGACCGACUCAAGAUGUCAACAUCGACCCCAGUACUGCCACCGCUUCCGCCAUUACCCCCCUUAGCAAAGCCUGCGGUCACCCCGGGAUUCCAAAUUUCCAAAGAUCAGCUGACCACCAUUGUGCCUGUGGCCGUGGCCGCGGCGUUAGGAACCUACCUGUUGUGCAGGUACAUGAGCAGGAAGAGCUGCAAGAAGAGCCAGGUGAACAAGAGCAUCAACAAGGACAGCUCGAAAGUGGUGCACAGCUUUGACAUUGAGGACAUCGGCUCCAAGGCUGUCUACUGCAGGUGCUGGAGGUCUAAGAAGUUCCCAUACUGCGACGGAUCCCACACCAAGCACAACGAGGAGACGGGGGACAACGUGGGCCCCCUCAUCAUCAAAAAGAGGGACGCCUGACGGGCGCCGUCCUGACACCCGCCGGCACAGACACAAACCCAUCUACAGCCACACUAUUCACCCAGCCAGUCAGAAAGGUUAAAGGUCACUGUAUGUCACAGAUGUAUACCUGCAGGCACCAGCCCAUCAUCUUCUACACCUGCUGUCCUUGGGAUGGGCAGGUUCAUGCCCUCCUGCCUAAGAAACAUUAGAAGCCAUGAGUCCAAAUCAACAUGAAUGUUUAACAAAAUUGCACUUGAAAACACAGCAAAUGAAUGUUUUCCAAACAGGGUACCUUAAUUUAAAAGAUUUAAAAUGUGACUUGAAUAUAUUGAUAUGAAUGACACUUGUUUUUCUCUGAAGGACGCUUAGAGUUCCUAUGUGGCCCAGAGAACAAGUACCAGUAUUUACUGUUGUUACUGUCCACUGCGCGGCAUCUUGGGCUCCGCUUCUGUUUGUCUUGUUCCAAGAAUGAUUUUAUACCCAGUAUGGCUGAUGAAAUGGUGAUGUAUAUUUUCCUGUACGAGUUAACUAUUAUGAAUAAACUUUGCUUCUGAUGGAGUUUUCCCCCUCUGGGUGUAGUUGCCCCUUCUCUCAC